AUCAUGGGCCUUCCUACUAUCCCUCCCCGCCCCAUUGCCCUCGUGUGGCUUCAAGAAGAUGGCGGCGCCCAUGGCGGCGAUGCUGAGGGACGUGGCUUUGCUCAGAGCCUCUUCCCUGCUCAGGGGACGCAGCCCGGCGGCUGUUCAAUUAUCCCCCAGACGAUGGUUAAACCUGCAGGAAUACCAGAGUAAGAAACUGAUGGCUGAUCACGGGGUCACAGUUCAGAGAUUCUUCGUGGCUGACACUGCAAAUGAUGCUCUUGAGGCAGCUAAGAGACUUAAGGCUACGGAAAUUGUGUUGAAAGCUCAAAUUUUAGCUGGAGGGAGAGGAAAAGGUGUUUUUAGCAGUGGGCUGAAAGGAGGAGUUCAUCUGACAAAGGACCCCAGAAUGGUAGGGCAGCUUGCUGAGCAGAUGAUCGGAUACAAUCUCAUAACAAAGCAAACACCAAAAGGUGGUGUUAAAGUUAAAAAGGUUAUGGUGGCAGAGGCACUAAAUAUUUCCAGAGAAACCUAUUUUGCAAUAUUAAUGGAUCGAGCUUGCAAUGGACCUGUCCUGGUGGGCAGUCCGGCAGGUGGGGUUGACAUAGAAGAAGUCGCAGCUACAAGCCCAGAGCUCAUUUUCAAGGAGGAAAUAGAUAUUUUCGAAGGUGUAAAGGAUACUCAAGCACUACGGCUGGCAGAAAAUUUAGGAUUCAAGGAUUCUCUACAACAGCAGGCUGCAGAUCAAAUUAAGAAGCUGUACAAUCUUUUCCUGAAAAUUGAUGCCACUCAAGUAGAAGUGAAUCCCUUUGGUGAGACUCCAGAAGGACAAGUUGUAUGCUUUGAUGCCAAGAUAAACUUUGACGACAAUGCCGAAUUCAGGCAAAAGGAGAUAUUUGCCAUGGAUGACAAAUCUGAGAAUGAGCCUAUUGAAAAUGAAGCUGCCCUAUAUGACUUGAAGUACAUAGGUCUGGAUGGGAACAUUGCCUGUUUUGUCAAUGGCGCUGGGCUUGCUAUGGCAACCUGUGAUAUAAUUUCCCUUAAUGGUGGGAAGCCUGCCAAUUUCCUGGAUCUUGGUGGAGGCGUGAAGGAAGCACAAGUGUAUCAAGCAUUCAAAUUGCUCACUGCGGAUCCCAAGGUUGAAGCAAUUCUGGUCAAUAUUUUUGGUGGGAUUGUCAACUGUGCCAUUAUAGCUAACGGCAUCACCAAAGCCUGCCGAGAGCUUGAACUGAAAGUGCCUUUGGUGGUCAGACUUGAAGGGACAAACGUUCAUGAAGCCCAGCGCAUUCUAAAUGAAAGUGGACUCCCAAUCACCUCCGCAAGUGACCUUGAAGAUGCUGCCAAGAAGGCAGUGGCUAGUGUGACAAAGAAAUAAAGACAUGGCCAAUGAAGAAAUGUGCACAAUAGAUGACAUUCCUGAAAUUGCCUCAGAAUAUAUAUUUAGGAUUAUUUUAACCAGCCUAGGACCGACUUCUCCGAGCUAUCAAUGAGAAAUCAUGAAAUAUAAAACAAAACAAAAAACUAAACUGUGAACUACACCGAAUUCAUAGAAUCUGUAUUUUUCUCAGUUAUAUGGAUUGGAAGUAAAUGUUACGAGUAACCACUGUCUGUUGCCUUUCAGGUAUUUACAUUGGCUAAUGCAUCACUAUUAAUGAUUACUAGUUAGGGUGAGAUGUUUUGUUAUCUCUUGGAUAGUAGAUAAUCAUCUGAUUUUUGCCAGAAUGCAAGGCCAAUCAGAGUGGACUCCGUCACCUGAUGGGGGUUAGAACUUGUGUCUCUUAUGACAGUCACCUUCCCUUCUCACAUUACAAAACAGUUUUGAAAUGAAUGGAACUCCACCAAAAUGUUUGCGACAAGGCAUGGGGGGGGGAGAGAUAGAAAGAGAGAAACACCAGCCUGUUCAGAAGACUUCAGUGUUCCAGAAGUAGCUCUCUGAAUUCCAACCCAUAUUUGAAUUUUUCCAGUUAGUACUAGAGAAAAUAACACAUUUUAAAAUGUCAUUUGAGCCAAACAAAUGGGAACUGGGGGGAGGUAAAUCCCUCCUGUUUCACAGCUGCCUUAAAAUUAAAUGUGCUUUGAUAUCUACAAUAUACCUCACAUUAGACGAGAAUUCAAAAGUGAAUCUAUAAGAACCCUAUUUUGUUCCAUAACACAAACACAUUUAUCAUGUGAACAUUUUUAAGCACUGAAGUAGAAGUACAACACACCAUCAUGCCAUUGUGCAUGCAGCAUCUCAGAACAUAUCCGUCCAUUUAAUACUGUGAUCUUCCGGAAUCAAUGUGUAUCUGCCAUUCAUAGCAUAUUGGGGGGAAAGAUGGCAGCUUGUUCAGGUGUGAGAAUGAAUACUGUCAAUGUCAGUCAGGUCAGAGAUGUGUUCAACAAUAAAUUCCAUCAUCCCUGCAUGGUCCUUGGCUGGGGAUGGUGACAUUUGCAGUUCUAGUGCAUCCAGAGAGCAUCCAAGAAACCAAUCAUUGUUGAAAAUAAUGCAGCCAAAAUAAAAUGGUGAUGAAAAAUACUGGGAUUCUUGCCUGAAAGUACUGAUCAUGUGUUUCAUUCUCAUGUUGAGGGGUGGGGGAAAUUGAACUUAAAAAGUACUUACUUUGGCUUAUCAGGCCUUUGAUUUGUGGGAAAUAAUGCAUGCAAAAGUUGUUGAACUCACUUCAAAACCACUUCUCUGUGUUUGGUUCGUAAUGGAAACACCGUAAACCAGAAUGUUAACCGCUGAAAUUCGCUUUGCUUUAGAUGUCUGCUAUUUACACGGGUUUUCAUCUAAUCAAGAAAUAGGGAUAUAAACAACAUUGUUCAACUGACAAGCCACAGAAUUAUAUUAUGAACAUUUUUAAUAAUGUUCAUUAAGAAAUAUAAAAAUUUUGUAAUUUAAUAAAAAGUGAAAGUUAGUUAAUAAAUUUUUCUAUGUUAAA